UCACCUGUUCCUCAGUCACCAUGCCGUCGCCGAUCCCUGUCACGCGCCUGCUGCCCAAGGAGCUGUACCCGUCUUUGGAUCUCACCACGUGCAGCAGCCCGCUGGCCUACGGCUCCACCCUACAGGUCCCCACGCCCCGGCUGCAAGGCAAGGUCUUCAGCCGCUCCUGGGCCUCGGUGGUCCACUGGGACCAGCUGCGCUCCGUGAAGCCCGUGGGCUCCGGGGGUUUCGGCUCCGUGUACCGGGCGGAGUACCUCGGAGAGACCGUGGCCCUGAAGAGGGUCAAGAAGAGCUCCAAGAACCAGCUGGCGUCCCGGCAGAGUUUCUGGGCCGAGCUGAACGCCGCGCACCUGCAGCACGAGAACAUCGUGCGCGUGCUCGCGGCCACCACGUGCGUGCCGGCGGACUUCGAAGACGAGGGCUGCAUCGGAGUGGUUCUGAUGGAGUUCGUGGGGAGCUGGAACCUGCAGCAGGUCAUCUACGAGAGUCCGGAGCCGCUGGAGGAGAGCCGCUGGUUCAGGUACUCCACAGACAUCGCGACGGGUCUGAGGUUCCUCCACUCCCACAGUCUGGUCCACCUGGACAUCAAACCCGCCAACGUCCUCCUCUCCUCGGCUGACGUCUGCAAAAUCGCUGAUUUUGGCUGUUCCGUCAAAGUGGACCGGGACUGUGAGAUGAGCUCCAUCAGCCCCCACCUGAGCCACGUCUGCGGGACCUACACGCACCGGGCCCCGGAGCUGCUCCGGGGCCAGCAGGUCUCCUCCAAGGCGGACAUCUUCUCCUUCGGGAUCACGCUGUGGCAGCUGCUGACCAGGGAGCCCCCCUACACCGGAGACCGGCAGCACGUGCAGUACGCAGUGGUGGCGCACCACCUGCGGCCGUCGGUCCGGGACCACCCGGUGUUCCGCACGGACCAGGGGCAGAGGUGUGCUGCUCUGCUGGGUCGCUGCUGGGGCGCAGAGGCUCGCUGCAGACCGAGCGCCCAGGACCUGCUGAACCUCCUGGAUCAGAUCCGCUCAUAGACCUGAUCCAGGACCUGCUGAACCUCCUGGAUCAGAUCCGCUCAUAGACCUGAUCCAGGACCUUCUGAACUUUGAUCAGGUCUACACCUCGGGCUUGAUUCUGGAGACUUUAAUGGUUUUCUUUAAAUUCAGAACUUUUAGUUCCAGCUUCACAGAACUCUGGGUUCUGAUCCUGGUGUCGUUUUUAGGAGUUGCAGGUGAAUCUUAUUCUGAGUUGUUUAGAGAUGCAGUUUUAUGAAAUGUAAUUUAAAGGGAAAUGUUUUUCAUUAAAAUUACUUUUUAAAUAUU